AUGGGCUCUUCUCAGGCAGACUGGAAUUCUAAUGAUGAAUUCUUCAAAUUUACGCGUGGCCGCUUUAUUAUAGAUGAGGUGGAGAAUCUUCGAAAGCGAGAGAUCAGAUUCGACUUGAACAGGCUUGCAAGUGUCGCGGCAGACUCGGUCGGCGCCGCUCAGUGCAUUUCUAUCAAGAAGUACCCCGACGGCAUGUUCAACAAAGCUUUCCUCAUGUCUAUGGAUGAUGGCCGAGAAGUUGUAGCCAAGGUGCCUAACCCGAAUGCUGGCAUUCCGCACUUUACUACGGCCAGUGAAGUCGCCACCAUGGACUUUGCCAGAAAAGUGCUUGACACACCAGCGCCUCGUGUCUACUCAUGGAACUCGCAAGCAAAAUUUCACCCUGUUGGGGCUGAAUUUAUCAUCAUGGAUAAAACUGAGGGUGUUCCGCUGUCUCAAGUCUGGGGCACGAUGAAACUACCCCAGAAGCUCCAAGUGCUCCUUGCCCUGACACGUCUCCAGAAGCAAUGGCUGAGCGUUUCAUUCUCGCAUUACGGCAGCUUGUACUACGCGGGAGACGUGCAGCCACCAGCAGGCAACUACUACACCAAGGAUGGCAAGACCGUUAAAGAUUCGGAGUUUGCAAUUGGCCCGGCUACAGGCCGGGAUUGGUUUGAUGCGGGCCGAUCAAUUUUGGAUAUCGAGAGAGGGCCAUGGGCUUCUCUAACGCAGUAUCUGCAAGCGGUCGGGACGCGAGAGAUGAAGGCAAUCCAGUCAAUUAAACCCCCAAAACAGAUUGCCUUAUUCUGUGGCCCAAAGCUCUACCGACCAGACAGGGAAAAGAAGCUUACUGCUUUAGCAUGGUACCGACAAAUCGUCGAUGCCCUUAUUCCAAAGGAAACUGGCAUCACCAACCCGUGCCUCUGGCAUAAUGAUUUGCAUGAUGACAACAUCUUCGUUGACCCACAUAACCCCGAAAAGAUCACGGGUAUCAUCGACUGGCAGUCUUGCCACGUCUCGCCGCUCUUCAACCACAAUCCCGAUCCAGCCUUCCUCGACUGGGAUGGCCUUGAGCCUGAGACGCUCGAUCUGGCACCAAGGCCGAAGCUCUCUGGGCUUUCCCCAGAAGAAAGGUCCGCGGCUGUGCGCGAGUAUACCGUCCAAAACAUGUUCAUCGGAUGGCGGAAACUCAUGCAUGCCAAAAACGCAGACCUGUAUCGAGUAGUCGAAUUCCGAAAGACGGCAGCGUACGGGCUCAUAUUUCUUGCCCACCGCAUGUUCGAAUACGGCGAGGCGCACUUCCAAUCGCUUCUGGUCGAUCUGAAGAACACGUGGGCGGACUUACCGACCGUCACCAGCGACGUCCCAUUCCCGUUCGACUUUUCGGAAGUAGAUUUCGAGCGUAUCAAGCUAGAUAGCGAUAGUGCGGUAGCAGGAACAGAGCUUGUUACAGAGGUCAAGGAGAGAAUGGGCGAUUUGUGGCCGGACAAAGGCUUCAUCGAGCACGAGCGAUACGAUGAUUGCAAAGCUGCCCUCCACGAAGUCAAAGAUCAGAUAUUGGAGCAAUUGGCCGAGACUGAGGAGGAAAAAGCUGAGUAUGAACAUUAUUGGCCAUUUGAAUGA